ACUCAGUACUCCUGCUGUGCUGCUGGCCCUGACCCUCUCUCUCUCUCUCCAAUCUCUCUCUCUUUUUCUCUCUCUACAAACGCAUAAACAGAGCCGUUACCAUUGUUGCUGAGAGAGAGAGGGAGUGAAAGAAAUCGAAAGGUUAAUGCUUUGUAUCCAUAAAAAUGUUAAACUUCUUUGUGAGGAAAGGCGUUAGGAAGAUUCUCAAGCGCAAGGACAGUGAUGCUGGUGAAAGAGGAAGAGCUCUAGAAGACUUAAGAUCUACCCUUUUUAAUGAAUUCCGCUCAGCCGAUGGUGCAAAGCGUCAACAACAACAGCGAUGUGGCCCUGCCACUGCUCUUACCUUCAAUUUUGUAAUUGCUGUCGGCAUAAUUUUCGUGAACAAAUUGGUGCUCAAAGUUGUUGGGUUCCAGUUUCCUAUAUUUCUCACCUUUAUCCACUAUGUGGUAAGCUGGUUGUUGAUGGCCAUUCUAAAUGCUCUAUCUAUCCUCCCUGCAUGUCCCUCAAAAUCGACCCGCUUAUCUACAUUAUUUACUCUUGGCUUUGUUAUGGCUUUCUCUACUGGCCUUGCUAAUGUUAGCUUGAAGUAUAAUAGUGUGGGGUUCUAUCAGAUGUCUAAGAUUGCGGUUACGCCAUCAAUUGUUCUCGCAGAAUUUUUGUUGUACAACAAGAGAGUUUCUUUCUCGAAGGUUCUAGCACUUACGGUAGUAUCGAUUGGUGUUGCCGUGGCUACAGUCACUGAUCUUCAAUUUCAUCUCUUUGGUGCUUGUAUAGCAUUAGCAUGGAUAAUACCAAGUGCAGUCAACAAAAUUCUUUGGUCUAGCUUGCAACAGCAGGAAAAUUGGACAGCCUUAGCGUUAAUGUGGAAGACAACGCCAAUCACUCUAUUUUUCCUUGUCGCACUAAUACCGUGGUUAGAUCCACCUGGUGCCCUCUCCUUCAAUUGGAACUUCAACAACACCUUGGCAAUUCUCAUGUCCGCUAUUCUUGGCUUCUUGCUUCAGUGGUCAGGUGCUCUAGCGCUUGGGGCUACAUCUGCUGUCACACACGUCGUCCUUGGUCAAUUUAAAACAUGCGUCAUUCUUCUAGGAAAUUACUACCUCUUUAGUUCCAAUCCAGGCAAGACAAGUAUUUCUGGGGCUUUCACAGCCAUUGCCGGAAUGUCCGUUUACACUUACCUUAAUUUGAAGCUUCAAUCAAGCAAAACUUCGCCUCGGCAAGCCGCCUCUUUACCAAAAUCUAAACUGAGUAAAGAAAACGGCAACACCCACGAUGGAAAUUAUGGUUCGGAAUCUGUCUAACUUAUCAGCGUAGAUACGUGAGAAGAUCUAAUUCAUCACUAACUUGAGCUGCUUGGCAUUGUUUCAUUUAUUUGUUUUUAGCUUAAAAUUUUCCGAUUCUGAUUUUAAAGGCAAAGCUCUAUCCAUGCUUACCAUGUCUUAGAGUUUGGUGUUAGUCA